CCCACGACUCAGUCUGCACAAAAUUCGACAAGAACUGUCAGCUGUCGUCUACUUUCAAGAUGGAUGAUGGGUUCCUAAGCAAUGACGACCACCGGCAAGACUAUGGAUUUGAGCGUCGACGAGGAGAGGGGUCUCAAAGAAGUCGGAUUGCUUACGAUGAUCUAGAUCGAGAUCGAAGGCUACCUUACCAAGAAGAGGGCAGCUGGCACGAGGAUUCGCGUCUUCGAGAGCCCGCAAGACAUCAUCAUGAAGCCGAAUCUUACGAUCUGCAUAGCCAUAGGCAGUAUCAUCGUAGCGAUUGGCACAGAUCGGAUCGAUGGCAGCAUGAUCGAUACUCUGAUCGGACGGCCCAUCCAGAGGAUCGAUGGCGAGGUGCGGAUGAUCGCUGGGAUGCUGGAAACUAUGAUGGCUGGUCAUCGACCCAAGAUCACGCCGGCGAUCGGCACACCUGGCGCUCAGAUCCCCAAAGUCGCAGCUUAGCCGAUCACUAUUACCGCGACCAGGGGGCAAGAUCUCUACAGUGGCAUGAUCGCAGACAUGGACAAGAGGCUCAGUGGCAUCCAAGUACUUACCACCCGGAUCCUCGCCCUGCUGCCCCCGAUGUUGCAGCGGCGAGUGACGCAGCUGGAAGCGGCGCGACGGGCCAGAUGCGGUUGGUGGCGCUUUCCUCAAAGGUGCUACCCGAGGGACGCCGUGUGGCAGUGAUCGACGCUAGGGAAGAAAGCGUCAGCAUUGGGCGUGACAAGACCUUCACCUCCCGCAUCCGUUUGCCAGCCAUGGAGGUAUCGAAGCAUCAUGCGAACGUAUUCUACCUGGUGUCCAGCAUGUCAGGCGCAGGAGCUUGGUUCAUCACCGAUGUUGGCUCGGUGCACGGCACGUAUCAUCUUGCUUGCAAAUCGAUCCCCGAAGGUGCCGCAGAUGAGCUGGCUUCAGGCCUUCCGACAAGCCGCUUCACCCGCUUGUCCGAGGCACGGAAAGCCAGUAGUCCCAUGAGACUCGACAAUGAAGACUGGCUGCGGAUUGGCGACACCACGUUCGAGGUUCAUUUGCAUGGCUCUUUGGCCUGUCAAAGAUGUUCACUUCACAGUGAUGGGACAAAUGAGAUCCAGCUUCGGCCCAGCGACAAGAAGGUAAAGUCAUCAAUCACAGACGCGGAGGGCGCUGGAGCAGGUCGAGCAGAACUCAUAGCAGAGAGCCUUCAGCGUCAAGUAGGCAACAAGAGCACUACGUCGACCACGGAGCGUGUCCCAAUGGAUCGCAAGGUGGAGACGGAAGCGCUGCGACGUCAGCGCAUGAAAGACAUGAGGAAGCAGUAUCUGGGAAGCCAAGACGACGAAGACGGACGUAGCGAGGAAUCUGCAUCAGGACAAGCGGCAGGUCCAGUGUACCUUGACAGAGCAGCUGCCCGGCGAGCCAUGCACCCUGGAGAGUCGAAACAGAAGAGGGCUUGGGGUAGACGUCGCAGCGCUUCGCCAGGACGACCUGCUCAAGCACAAUCGGCGGAGUCAGCUGCGAUGCGUCAUCAAGCCGCUGGUCCAUCUCGGGGUGCUGGGACUGGGACUGUGGAGCGCUCCACUGCUGAUCCAGCGCCUUUGAACGAUUCCAAUCGAGGCUUUCAAAUGUUGGCCAAGAUGCGCGGUGGAGAGGAGGGGCACACGCUUGGAGACGAGAUUUUGGCGAGAGCGACGGAAGGCCGCGCUGGACUGGGCAGCACGAAGCUUCGCACUGCGCAAGAGAUCAGCUCGGCCAGCUCAAGCUCACUAAAAUAUGGCGAUCCAGAAAGCGUUCGAAGGCGUUUCGAGCAAUCAAUGGCAAGUGAAGGGAGGCGGUAGAAGUUAUUCAGGCGAGCGCCACCGGGCUUUAGCAUUAUCCUGCUUCACGCAGUCGCUGUGGAUCUUGUGUAAAUCAUCUGUAGCAAUCUGCAUUGUUCGCACUCUCGCAAUUUGCAUCUCCUUAGACCUG